AUGUCGUUAUUAGAUUUAGAUAUACAACCAAAUCAAAAACCUUUAAAUGAAAAUAUUUUAUCUGAUUUAUUAAAUAACCAACAAAAUAAUGUAAUACCUAAUGGACCUUUAUUUAAUACUAUUCCAUUGACCCAACAAUAUGAAAAUCAAAUACAAGAAAAUUCUCAAAAAGAACAAAAAGAACAAAUAAAAAUUGAUCCUUUCAUUUCAUUAAAGAAGUUAACAAAAAGUAAAUAUUAUCAAGAAGAAUUUAAAGAAGUAGAGGUACUUAAUGAAAUAAAUAAUCAAUCUACUGUUAAAAUAAAACAAGAAAAUCAUCCAAUUGGUUCAUUUAAUUUAAAUAAUCAACAAUUAGAUAUUCAAGAAAGUCAAAUGGUUGAUGGAUUAAUGGAACAACAAGAAAAAAUACUUGUUUCUAAUGUUACAAAUAGUGGUGGAAUUAGAAUUGUUCCAUCAGAAAAUGAAUUAAAAGACUUUGAAAAAAAGAUGAUGGGAAUGGACAUAAAUAAAAUUGGUAUUUCAUUGAUUGAAACUGUUAAUAUUGGAAAAGGAAAACAAUGUACUAAAGCGUUAGGAUAUUUAAAAUAUUUAUUAACAAAUAAAAAAGGAUUUAAACAAUUAUGUCUUGAAAAUCAACUUCCUGAAGUAUUAAAUCAUGUUGACGUUUCAUCAUCUAUUAUCAAUAAUCUUAAAUCAUCAGUUGAAGAGAUUCUUAAUCAAUAA